UUUUUUGUGUUGCGCGCUCUUGCACUUCAAAGGAAACCUUCUUCGCUUCAUCAACAAUAAUUUGAAAUUCCAGAAGAAGCACCGAAGUCUGCAGAGUGGAAAAGAUGAGUUAUUUCAACAACAACAGCAAUAACUUUGACAGUCUCCUCCUGCAAACCAUGAUGGGGAGAUUACAACUCCGAUCUCCUUACCUCAACACUAAUUCUCAUCUCUCCCAAAGCUUGGAAGAUUUCCUGAUUGAUACCGGUGACAUCCCCGAAGACGACGACGCCGACGCCGACAGAACUCCACUUGCCAGAGAAGAAUCGAAACUGGAGAAGGAGAUCAUUCGUGUCAUCCUUAGCGGUAAUACCGAAUCUCUGAAACCUAAUUCCGGACAAUCCGUCGCGAUCGGCGAACACCAUAUUUGCAUUGGGUUUCAUGAAGAGAAGGAUUCCGAUUACCGCGUUUGGGAGUGGCAUGGUCAUCUUAUGUUUUUUGAUGAGGAGAAUGGGUAUUCUCCGGAAUAUAUCUAUGGGAAUUACUUUGAGAGAGCGCCAUCGAUGAAACCAACCGUGGACGCUGAGAAGGAUGCGGAGAAGGAGGACCGUGGAGGAAGCUUGGGGCUGAGGGAGUUGAUUGACGGUGGGGAUUCAAUCGGUGGUCGGAUUCUUCAUCGGAACAUGAAUUCCGGUUCACGUAAGUGAGGAUUUAGUUCUGAGAAGCCAAAA